UAACUGGCUCCCUGUUGCCUUCUUUCUGUUUCAGUUGUCGCUAGCUAUGGGUACUCCCCCAAGGACGUUCCUGAUCCUGGGAUGUUUUCUCACAGGACCGAUCCUAACACUUUGCCAGCUUCCUCUGCCGACUAUUGUUCCCAACAGAAAUGAGAUGGUUGUACAGCUGAAUUCCAAUUUCACACUCAAAUGCUCUGGAGACAGCGAAGUGAGCUGGCAGUACCCGGUGACUGAGGGAAGCCACAGGAUAGACAUCAGGCACGAGGAGAACAACAGUGGCCUCUUCGUGACAGUGCUCGAAGUCGGAAAUGCCUCAGCCGCUCACACGGGCAUGUACGUUUGCUAUUAUAACCACACGCAAGUGGAGGAUGGGGAAGUUGAGGGGAAGGACAUCUACAUCUAUGUGCCUGACCCAGACAUGCCUUUUGUUCCUUCCUUACCAGAAGACCAGUUCAUCCUAGUAGAAGAAGGUGAUCCCACCGUUAUCCCUUGUCGGACAAGUGACCCAAGCGCUGAAGUGACUUUAGUUAACAGUUUAGACAAGCCUGUCUAUGCUUUCUAUGACAGCAAACAGGGCUUCGUAGGGAAUUUCCUUGCAGGACCAUAUACAUGCAAAACAAUGGUUAAAGGCAUGGAGUUCAAGUCCGAUGAGUUCCUCAUCUAUAUUUUAAGAGCUACUUCACAGCUGCCGGUUGAAAUUGAAGCUCUGAAGACUGUCUACAAAACAGGCGAGACCAUCGUAGUAACUUGUGUGGUCUUUGACAAUGAGGUGGUUAAUUUACAGUGGAAUUAUCCCGGGAAAGUGAAAGAAAAAGGUCUGAUAAAACUUGAUGAUAUCAAAGUCCCAUCGCAGAAGUUGGUUUACACGUUGACCAUUCCUGACGCAUCAGUGAAAGACACAGGGGAUUAUGAAUGUACUGCUCGACAUGCAACCAAGGAGGUUAAGGAAAAUAAGAAAGUAGUCAUUACAGUUCAUGACAAAGGGUUCAUUCAUCUAGAGCCUCAGUUUAGCCCUUUGGAAGCUGUCAAUCUACAUGAAGUCAAAAAUUUUGUCGUCGAUGUGCAGGCGUACCCCGCUCCAAAAAUGUACUGGUUGAAGGAUAAUGUGACUCUGAUUGAAAAUCUUACUGAGAUUGUUACUAGUUCAAACAGGGUCCAGGAAACACGGUUUCAAAGUGUACUAAAAUUGAUCCGGGCCAAGGAAGAAGACAGUGGGUACUAUACUUUGGUUGCUGAAAAUGAAGAUGAGAUUAAGAGAUACACCUUCUCGUUACUAAUUCAAGUUCCAGCCUUGAUUUUAGACCUCAUGGAUGACCACCAAGGCUCUGCUGGCAGGCAGACAGUGAGGUGCUUGGCUGAAGGGACCCCGCUUCCUGAUGUGGAAUGGCUGGUUUGCAAGGACAUUAAAAAAUGCAGCAAUGACUCUUCCUGGACUCUUCUGACUAACAAUAUCUCUGAUAUACACAUGGAAGCCCACCUGGAUGAGAAGAAUAUGGUAGAAAGCCAGGUGACCUUCCAGAAGGUAGAGGAAACCCUGGCUGUGAGAUGUGUAGCAAGAAACGACCUUGGUGCUGUUACUCGGGAACUGAAACUUGUGGCUCCCACCUUGCGAUCAGAACUGACGGUGGCUGCUGCCGUCUUAGUACUGUUGGUGAUUGUGAUAAUUUCACUGAUUGUCCUGGUCAUCAUCUGGAAACAGAAGCCAAGGUAUGAGAUAAGAUGGAGAGUCAUUGAGUCUAUCAGCCCUGAUGGGCAUGAAUACAUUUAUGUGGACCCAAUGCAGCUACCGUAUGACUCCAGAUGGGAGUUUCCUCGAGAUGGGUUAGUGCUUGGUCGAAUCCUUGGUUCUGGUGCAUUCGGAAAAGUGGUGGAAGGGACAGCAUAUGGACUGAGUCGUUCUCAACCAGUGAUGAAAGUAGCUGUGAAAAUGCUGAAACCUACGGCUAGAUCCAGUGAAAAACAGGCACUCAUGUCUGAACUGAAGAUAAUGACACAUCUUGGGCCCCAUCUGAAUAUUGUGAACCUGCUUGGAGCUUGUACAAAAUCAGGUCCUAUUUACAUAAUCACUGAAUACUGCUUUUAUGGUGAUUUGGUGAACUAUCUGCACAAGAACAGGGACAACUUCCUCAGCCGACAUCCAGAGAAACCAAAGAAAGAUCUGGAUAUUUUUGGGAUGAACCCAGCUGAUGAAAGCACAAGAAGCUAUGUGAUUUUAUCAUUUGAAAACACUGGAGAAUACAUGGACAUGAAACAAGCUGAUACAACUCAGUACGUGCCAAUGCUGGAAAGGAAAGAGGGAUCUAAAUACUCUGACAUUCAGAGAUCUGUAUAUGAUCGACCUGCUUCAUAUAAGAAGAAAUCUUUGUCAGAAUCAGAAGUAAAAAACCUUCUUUCAGAUGACAGUUCAGAGGGUCUGAGCCUACUGGAUUUGCUAAGCUUCACCUACCAGGUUGCACGGGGAAUGGAAUUCUUGGCUUCUAAAAAUUGUGUACACCGUGACUUGGCAGCUCGUAAUGUCCUUCUGGCUCAAGGCAAAAUCGUGAAGAUCUGUGACUUUGGGUUGGCUAGAGACAUCAUGCAUGAUUCCAACUACGUCUCCAAGGGCAGCACUUUCCUUCCAGUAAAAUGGAUGGCACCUGAAAGCAUUUUUGACAAUCUGUACACAACAUUAAGUGAUGUCUGGUCUUAUGGUAUUCUGCUGUGGGAAAUAUUUUCUCUUGGUAUGUACUGUGAACACUUUCUUACAUGUUGUAAUUAAUUUUUUUCAGUCCAA